AUGCAGCCUGCUCUGGCUCCGGCGCCGCAUCCAAGCAUGCAGACCUCUGCUCAGCUCCUAGCUGCUCAGCACCACCUUCAGGGCGGGCGCCCUGCGCCCGGUCCGCAGCAGCACCUGCAGCCCAACACGGCCAGUCCGCGCGACCAGACUAACAUUGACCCGGCGAUCUCGGGCGUGCUCGGCGGGCCUCCACAGACUCCUCCUCCACCUCAGCACCAGCACUCUUCUCCGGAAGACAAUACCCCGAAAUCGUACGGCAAGCGAGAGCUGUCGACGUCCAAGCGCGCCGCUCAGAAUCGUGCUGCUCAGCGAGCAUUCCGUCAGCGCAAGGAAAAUUACAUCCGCAAGCUGGAGGAAGAGGUCAAGACCCUCGAUAGCCUUAGAGAGAAGGCGAAUUCGUUGGCUGGUGAGAACUAUCAGCUUCGGGAAUACGUGAUCAACCUGCAAUCACGCCUCCUGGAAGCACAGGGUGAAGUUCCCGAGCUCCCUCCGAACAUCGAUCUGACCCAGGCGCGCGAGAAUUAUCUCGGAGGUGCCUCUGCGUCCGCCACGGCCCCGCCACAGGGCCAGCAUCUUGGCGCGGCCCCGAACGAUGACAUGAACUCGCUGAACCGGAUUGCCGUGGCCGGUCUCGGGAUGCGCAAGCACCCGGAGGAGACCAGCUUCAUGGGCAACAACUUCCAGCCGAGCAAGCGCCUGCGCGGCGACGACAACCAGGGCGACGGGGACGUCAAGAACGAGACCCAUGGACUCCCCAUGGCUUGA